AUGUUAAGAAUGUGGGUGUGGCACACAUGGUGUUUGUUUAUUUGAUUGAUUGAUUGAGCCUUCUGAACAGAUUCUGACACUGAAAUUCAGCCGAAAAUUGACCCUCUUGCAAAAGUGUCCACACAUCAAUAGAACAACGAGAUUCCAACAAUUGAAAACUUUUAAACACCCCUUCCUUCUCUUCCUUUGUUUGCUGUGAUUUCAGUUGCUGCAUAACAGAACACCACUCGCUUCUUCUUUCAUCUCCCUUCUCACUCAAUUUCUCUGUUUGACACAACUGCCAACCAGAUCAGUGAUUGACCCAAUUGAGACAAGCCUUGAAAGUUCCGUUUUCUUUAGAGUUCUUGCUGGUUUUGCAGGUGACCGUGUUGGAAAUUCAAGAUGGUUCUGUUCUGUGACUGAACAAAUGUCCUCUUGAGUUUGGAUUUGGUUUUUGCUUGUAGCUGUUUCAGAAAGAUUCCUUUGUCACAAUGUGUUGAAUUCUGCUAUCAUGUUUCCUUUUAAGCACUACUUGUUUGUUGGAUUCAAUCACUUUAUUCUGUAUUCUGUUUACUCAUUUGGCACAGUUCCAGCUCAUUUAUUCUCCAUUUCAUAAUUUCAUAUUCUUAUGCCGGGGAUUUCAGCCUCUACUUUUCAUGCCUCUUCAUAGUUUCCAUGACUAUCUACUUACACCAAUUGAGAUUUUUAACACUAUUUGGGUAUUGACUGUCACUUGAGAGAAGAGAGGACUGAUACUUUUUCUUCUGUAUCAAAUCUUGCAGAGUACUUGAUACUUGGUUUAGUUACCUUUUUUCAUGACUGACUCUCAGUUGAAGUGAUUCAAUCAUCCUUUUGGUUUGAAGUUGAAGCUAUUUGAUUUCUGAAUUUUUGCAAAUUUCUUGGUCUCUGGAUAUGGCUGGGAGCCAAGAUCAACUAGAGAUCAGGUUUCGGUUGAGUGAUGAUUCGGAUAUUGGCCCUAAACGUUAUGCUGCUGCUACUAGUAUUGCAACGCUGAAAGAAAGUGUUCUUGCUCAAUGGCCAAAAGAUAAGGACUAUGGACCAAGAACUGUUAAAGAUUUGAAGUUAAUUAGUGCCGGGAAAAUAUUGGAGAAUAACAGAACAGUGGGAGAAUGUCAGAGUCCAUUGUGUGAUCUCCCUGGUGGAGUUACAACAAUGCAUGUGGUUGUGCAACCACCUUCUGUGGAAAAAGAUAGGAAAGUAGCAAGUGAAGCACAGCAGAACAAAUGUGUUUGUGUGAUAUUAUAGUGUCCAGAUUGAACAGAAGAUGUCAUCUACUUAGGUGGUUAAAAGUCACACUUCUAUACAUUUUUAUGGCUUUCAAAAGAUUUCCUCAUACACAAACUCUUUGGUUGCAUGUCUCAUUACAAUACAUGUAAAGAGUUUUUGGCUUGUGAAGAAGUUAUUGUUUUCUCUCCUUUCUCUGCAUCUGUUGCUGCCUCAUCUUCCAUUUGGUAUAAUUGUUGAUUGGAAUGAACUAUACAAUUGUACUUGUGCUUCAGCUGGAUGCAAAAAAUUACCAUGUUAAACUC